CUUCUUGUGGGCCUUCCUCUCCGUCCUGUGACAGCGAGGCCCCACGGUUCUCAUGCCCAGAGAUGUGCUUCCCCUCCACACAACCUUCCGUCUCUGCUCCACUCAGGAACGCUCCGGCUCCAAGAUGCUGCGGUGGCUGCUGUUGCCCUUGCUGUGGGCUAGUGAGUGUGCUCGGGGAAAAAGGCUGUGGGAGCUGCACAGAGCUGACUCCUGUUUGCCCACAGGAUCCCUGUCGCAUAAUCUGGAACAUCAUCUGACAGCGCCAGAGUCGGUGGUGGUGCAGGAGGGACAGAGCACCUUCAUCCACUGCUGUGUCUUCUACCCCAGCAAAGGCUGGAGUAGCUCUACCCCAGCUUGGGGCUACUGGUUCAAGAAAGGAGUUAAUAUUUACCAGGAUCCUGCAGUGGCCACAAAUGACCCACGUCGUGAUGUGUGGACAGACACAAGGGAACGAUUCCAGCUCCUUGGAGACCCCAAGGCCUACAACUGCUCCCUGAGCAUCAGAGAUGCACAGAGAACAGACACAGGAGUCUACUUCUUUAGGGUGCAGAGAGGAGCUUAUGUGAAAUAUAGUUACCAGCAGAACCAGCUCUGUGUGUUUGUGACAGAAACCCCUGACAUCCAAAUCACGGGGAUCCUGGAGUCUGGUCACCCUAAGAACAUCACCUGUGCAGUGCGAUGGCCUUGUGAGCAGGGGGUGCCCCCCAGCUUCUCCUGGAUUGGGGAGAACCUCACUUCUGUCCUGGGGCCCCAGACUCCCCGCUCUUCAGUGCUCACUCUCAGCCCACAGCCACGUGACCACGGCACCCUCCUCACCUGCCAAGUGAUUUUCCCUGGAGCUGGUGUGACAAUGCACAGCACCGUGCAGCUGAACGUGUCCUAUGCUCCUCAGAAUCUGGCCAUCCAGAUGUUCCAGGGAAAUGACACGGGACCUGCAGCCCUGGCUGAUGGCUCGUCACUCCAAGUUCAAGAGGGCCAGGCGCUGCGCUUGGUGUGUGUCGCCGACAGCAACCCCCCGGCUGCGCUGAGCUGGACCCGGGGGAGCCUGGCCUUGCAGCCCUCACGGCACCCAAGCGUUCUGGAGCUGCCUCGGGUGGACCUGGAGGACGAUGGAAAAUACGUGUGCCGAGCGCAGAACCGGCUGGGCUCUCAGAGCACGUCUGUGAAACUCGUUGUGUGGAGCUCUCUACGGCUGCUGGGCCCCACGUGCUCCUGGGAGGCCGCAGGUCUGCACUGCAGCUGCUCCUCCUGGGACUGGCCAGCCCCGUCCCUGCACUGGCGGCUUGGGCAGGGGCUGCUGGAGGGGAACAGCAGCAACGCCUCCUUCACAGUCACUUCCAGCUCUGCCGGGCCCUGGGCCAACAGCUCCCUGAUCCUCCGAGAAGGGCUGUGCUCCAGCCUCAGGCUCAGCUGUGAGGCCUGGAGUCCCCGUAGAAGCCAGAGUGUCGCUGUCCUGCUGCUGCCAGGUCUGGCCGUCAUGAAGGAGAAACCAGUACCCAGGACAGGAGCGGUUCAGGGAGCCCUUGGGGGAGCUGGCGUCACGGCGCUGGUCGCCGUCUGUCUCUGCCUCACCUUCUUCAUGGUGAAGAUCCACAGGAGGAAAGCGGCAGGGAAAGGGGAGAGUGAGGAUGGCGCCCUUCCUGUGACAUGCGCCGUCUGCCUGGUGAGUGGUGAAGACCUGUGUCCUCCUGGGGUCCCUGCUGCUGCCACACCAGGGUGA